CACACCUCCUCUAAAUGGGCCGUCUAUUUAAGCGGGGCUCGCUGUCGUUGAUCGACUACGUCGUUUUUCCGCUAGCCGCAGCACUUACUAUUUACCAGGCUUCACAUUUCCUAUCCGGUUCGCGGCCCAACCAGCCGGGUGGUGACGGUUCAGGCCAAACACGAUUCCUGUUUGACGACCUGAAGAAGGCUUCUUCAAACAGCGGCGACAAGCAAUAAGGAGAGCUUGAGGAGAGCCUAGAAACAACUCAGCAACCACCACUCAGCAACACCCAACCUCCAAACCAACGGCAGCAGCUGUGUAGCACCCCCGCCAGCCCACCACCACCACCACCCAUGUCCCCCUCCAACGCGGUCCACUACGACCGCUGGUUCCAGACGGCGGAUGCGGACAGGGACGGGCGGGUGACGGGCGCGGAUGCGGUGGCGUUCUUCGGGCGCUCGGGGCUCCCUCGGGAGGUGCUGGCCACCGUGUGGGAGCUGGCCAACGACCGGCGGCUGGGCUACCUGGACCGGCUGGCCUUCCACAAGGCCAUGGACCUCAUUGCACUGGCGCAGUCGGGUCGGCCGGUGAGCAAGGAGAACUACCUGGCCCAGAUCGACUCGGGCGGCUUCCGCCUUCCCGUGCUGGCGGGGCUGAGCGACGCGGAGGGCAACCCGCUGGACGGCAACCCGGGGGG